AUGUGGCUGUUGAGCGUUUCGGUGGCCCUACUAAGACCAUCGUUCUCACAGUUACGACAUCUUCCAGGACCAAAAAACCAGCAAUUCCUAGUCGGCCAUGCCUUGCGCAUCCUCCGUGGAUCAGGACCAAAUGAGCUCUAUCUCCAGUGGAUGCGGCAUUGGCCGAACGCCCCGUUCAUACGCAGUCUCUCUUGGCUCAACACAGAGGUUGUUCUCGUAAACAACUUAGAGGCAUGUCGCGAGGUCCUCCAAACGAAUGCUUAUCGGUUCGCGAAACCGGCGUUCUUUCAUACACUUGUCGGAGAUUUUCUGGGUGUCGGUCUGCUGUUCAGCGUUGGUGACCAGCACAAGCGGUUGAGGCGCAUUACUGCAGGACCUCUGUCUCGUCGGAGUAUCCGGAAACUGUUCCCGACGUUUGUGACCUACUCUCGCAAGUUGAACACUGAGAUUGAAACUGCGAUUCAACGAAGCAGCAACGGUGUCUUAGAACUCGAGGAUCUGUUUACAAGAGUGACACUUGACAUCAUCGGCGUCUCACUAGUUGGCAAAGAACUUCGAGACUUUCGCUCAAAGACCUCGCCUUUAUCAUUUGAACAAUGCUACAAUGGUAUCUUGGCACAACCACUCGCCGGCCAGAUAAUCAGCUUCGUCAAUCCCUUCAUCCCACUCCGUUGGCUACCUGUGUCUGCAAAUUUGAACUUUAUCAGGGCCAAAUCUGCUCUCAAGAGCAUGAUGACAGAACUGAUUGAGCAGCGGACAUCUGAGGUAGCAAAGGCAAAGGAGCUGGGUACAGACAAUGGAUUAUCGGAUGAUUUGUUGACGAGGAUGAUUGAAGCUAGUUCUGUUGAGAACCAGAAAUUGUCUAGAGAUGAGUUGAUCGAUAUCACUAUGCAGGUCAUCGCGGCAGGACACGAGACUACAGCAAGCGCCCUUUUCUGGACAGCCUAUGCCCUCUCAAAAGAUCAAAAGUCACAGGAACGGCUAAGGAGUGAGAUACUCCCUCUUAGUGCCGACGACAAGACCGCCAAGUCGAUCGACGAACUGCCGUACCUCGACAACGUGAUCAAAGAAGCCCUUCGCUUGUAUUCGCCUACCUUAAUUAUCCCAUGGGAAGCACUCGAGGAUAUCAACAUAGCAGGCGUCAGGAUCCCAAAAGGGACAACGGUUCAGCUCGUCCCAGCAGUGACACAACUGAACCCCGAAAUCUGGGGUCCUGAUGUGGAGACCUUCGAUCCUGAUCGAUGGGACAUUCUCUCCGGCGAUGCCUUGAGCCCAUAUGCGAUGGAGACCUUCUCAAAUGGGCCUCGCAUGUGCCCCGGGAAAGCUUUGGCUUUACUGAAUAUGAAAGUCUUGUUGGUUGGAUUGAUCAGAGACUUUAAGAUCGGGAGUGUUGGAGAUGAGGAGGUGGAGUUUAGAAACCCGAGUUUGACGUUGAAGUCUAAGAAGCCACUUGGGUGUAAGGUGCAACGUGUUGCUGAAGGACCUUGA